CACAUCUGGCACUGUCAAAAUAAACCCCACAUAAUUUGUCUUUCUUUCAAUACCACAACCAUAUCAUGUUCCAUUUGUAUAAUAAAUCUUUUAUUCCAACAUAUAAAAGAUACCCUAUGCCCCCCUUCACUCUUAUGCAUUAAUUCCUUCAUUUCAUUCCGUAACAAUGGCAGAAAAAUAUAGUAUAGGCUUAUUAGGUGUCAUGGAUCGUCUCUGGUUUCACCAAAUUAUUCUCUUUUCAGAACCCUCAUCAGUUUCAUUUCCUGAAAACCAAUGUCAAUCAACUUUAGUUCCACAGAAAGAAUUCUCAUCAGUUGAAUCAGAAAGCACUCUUCUACAGGAUGUUUGUGAAAAAGAAGAAGCCAAUGAGAAGGAAAGUACUCAACCAAAGGAAAGACCAACAAGACUUAAUACUACAUCUACAAGAAACAGGUCACAUUCAACCUCACCUUAUAAAAAACAUUCAAGAAAUCUCUGUUCAGAAAGGAGAGUACUAGAAAAACAUAUGAGUUGCAAGAGCUUAGGGGAACUUGAGCUUGAAGAAGUAAAAGGUUUCGUGGAUUUAGGCUUCAUAUUCCGGAAAGAACAUAUUAGCAAGAGAAUGAUAAGUGUAAUUCCUGGUUUACAAAGACUUGAAGUAGUGGUGUCCGAAGACGAAGAAACCAACAAUGAAGAUUCAGAAGAAGAAGAAGGGCAGCCCGGUACACCAAGCUCCCGCUAUGCGUGGGGUCCGGGAAAUGGCCGGACUACAAGGAUCUAUUGUGCGCAGCCUUACGCAACAGAAGAGGAAGAAGAAGAAGAAGAAGAUAAAAGGGAGAUUGUAAGGCCAUAUUUAUCUGAGGCAUGGCUUAUCAAAAAACCUGAUUCACCAUUGUUAAAUCUGAGGGUACCAAGAAUUUCUGCAGCUGCUGAUAUGAAGAAACAUCUAAGAUGUUGGGCUAAAACUGUUGCCACUGUAGUUUUGCAAGAGUCUUGAUUUUGUGUACAGAAGUUCCAGGACAGGCACAAUGUUUAAUUAUGAUGUAGUCAAUUUAGCUAAAUAUAAUACGUAGCAUUGUGCAUCACAUAUAUAAUAGUGUUAGCAAAUUUAAUUUAUUAAUUACAUUGUUUGUUGCAAAUUGGAAAGGGGAACCCCUUGUUUUGUAGUAUAGAUUCUGCCGACAACUUGUAACUCUAUAAAUCUGAGUUGGUCUGGUCCUAGGGAAAAUAAACAAUAUUCCAUGUAAUUUCUGUUA